GCGUUGGUGCUGCCUGGGUAUCAGAAAGCAAGCCCACGUUGCUCUCUAGUACGUGUAAGCCUUUUCUUUUCAAGAUGCCUGAGGAAGUGCACCAUGGAGAGGAGGAGGUGGAGACUUUUGCCUUUCAGGCAGAAAUUGCCCAACUCAUGUCCCUCAUCAUCAAUACCUUCUAUUCCAACAAGGAGAUUUUCCAUCAGGAGUUGAUCUCUAAUGCUUCUGAUGCCUUGGACAAGAUUCACUAUGAGAGCCUGACAGACCCUUCGAAGUUGGACAGUGGUAAAGAGCUGAAAAUUGACAUCAUCUCCAACCCUCAGGAAUGUACCCUGACUUUGGUAGACACAGGCAUUGGCAUGACCAAAGCUGAUCUCAUAAAUAAUUUGGGAACCAUUGCCAAGUCUGGUACUAAAACAUGCAUGGAGGCUCUUCAGGCUGGUGCAGACAUCUCCAUGAUUGGGCAGUUUGGUGUUGGCUUUUAUUCUGCCUACCUGGGGGCAGAGAAAGUCGUUGUGAUCACAAAGCAUAAUGAUGAUGAACAGUAUGCUUGGGAGUCUUCUGCUGGAGGUUCCUUCACUGUGCGUGCUGACCACGGUGAGCCCAUUGGCAGGGGUACCAAAGUAAUCCUCCAUCUUAAAGAAGAUCAGACAGAGUACUUAGAAGAGAGGCAGGUCAAAGAAGUAGUGAAGAAGCAUUCUCAGUUCAUAGGCUAUCCCAUCACCCUUUAUUUGGAGAAGGAACGAGAGAAGGAAAUUAGUGAUGAUGAGGCAGAGGAAGAGAAAGGUGAGAAAGAAGAGGAAGAUAAAGAUGAUGAAGAAAAGCCCAAGAUCGAAGAUGUGGGUUCAGAUGAGGAGGAUGACAGCGGUAAGGAUAAGAAGAAGAGAAUUAAGAAGAUCAAAGAGAAAUACAUUGAUCAGGAAGAACUAAACAAGACCAAGCCUAUUUGUACCAGAAACCCUGAUGACAUCACCCAAGAGGAGUAUGGAGAAUUCUACAAGAGCCUCACCAAUGACUGGGAAGACCACUUGGCAGUCAAGCACUUUUCUGUAGAAGGUCAGUUGGAAUUCAGGGCAUUGCUAUUCAUUCCUCGUCGGGCUCCGUUUGACCUUUUUGAGAACAAGAAGAAAAAGAACAACAUCAAACUGUAUGUCCACAGUGUGUUCAUCAUGGACAGCUGUGAUGAGUUGAUACCAGAGUAUCUCAAUUUUAUCUGUGGUGUGAUUGACUCUGAGGAUCUGCCCCUGAACAUCUCCCAAGAAAUGCACCAGCAGAGCAAAAUCUUGAAAGCCAUUCGCAAAAACAUUGUUAAGAAGUGCCUUGAGCUCUUCUCUGAGCUGGCAGGAGACAAGGAGAAUUAUAAGAAAUUCUAUGAGGCAUUCUCUAAAAAUCUCAAGCUUGGAAUCCACGAAGACUCCACUAACAGCCGCCGCCUGUCUGAGCUGCUGCGCUAUCACACCUCCCAGUCUGGAGAUGAGAUGACAUUUCUGUCAGAGUAUGUUUCUCGCAUGAAGGAGACACAGAAGCCCAUCUAUUACAUCACUGGUGAGAGCAAAGAGCAGGUGGCCAACUCAGCUUUUGUGGAGUGAGUGCGGAAACGGGGCUUCGAGGUGGUAUAUAUGACUGAGCCCAUUGACGAGUACUGUGUGCAGCAGCUCAAGGAGUUUGAUGGGAAGAGCCUGGUCUCAGUUACCAAAGAGGGUCUGGAGCUGCAUGAGGAUGAGGAGGAGAAGAAGAAGAUGGAAGAAAGCAAGGCAAAGUUUGAGAACCUCUGCAAGCUCAUGAAAGAAAUCUUAGAUAAGAAGGUUGAGAAGGUGACAAUCUCCAAUACUGUGUCUUCACCCUGCUGCAGCACCUACGGCUGGACAGCCAAUAUGGAGCGGAUCAUGAAAGCCCAGGCACUUCGGGACAGCUCCACCAUGGGCUUUAUGAUGGCCAAAAAGCACCUGGAGAUCAACCCCGACCACCCCAUCGUGGAGACGCUGUGGCAGAAGGCUGAGGCCGACAAGAAUGAUAAGGCAAUUAAGGACCUGGUGGUGCUGCUGUUUGAAACCGCCCUGCUAUCUUCUGGCUUUUCCCUUGAGGAUCCCCAGACCCACUCCAACCACAUCUACCACAUGAUCAAGCUAGGUCUAGGUAUUGAUGAAGAUGAAGUGGCAGCAGAGGAACCCAGUGCUGCAGUUCCUGAUGAGAUCCCCCCUCUUGAGGGUGAUGAGGAUGCGUCUCACAUGGAAGAAGUCGAUUAGUUUAGGAGUUCAUAGUUGGAAAACUUGUGCCCUUGUAUAGUGUCCCCAUGGCUCCCACUGCAGCCUCGAGUGCCCCGUCCCACCUGGCUCCCCCUGCUGGUGUCUAGUGUUUGUUUCUCUCUCCUGUCCUUGUGUUGAAGGCAGGAAACCAAGGGUGUCAAGCCCCAUUCCCUCUCUACUCUUGACAGCAGGAUUGGAUGUUGUGUAUUGUGGUGUAUUUUAUUUUCUUCAUUU